AUGGCUUCCACCAGCAGAGCGACGGUGGACGAACUGAAAAAUGUGCUGAAGGAGUCCCUGGAAGCUCGCGGCGUGAUGGGCCAGUUACAGGCGCGCGUCCGAGCAGAAAUCUUCAAGUCGAUGCAGGACCCUCUGGAGGAGAAACCUCGGCUGAACCACGAGAACAUGCUGAUUAACGAGCUGAUCCGGGAGUACCUGGAGUUCAACAAGUACAACCACACACACACUGUCCUGCUGGCAGAGACAGGCCAGCCCAGGACUCCCCUGAGUCGAGACUUCCUGGCGAGAGAACUGAAUGUGAGGGAGGACCCAGACACUGCCUCUGUCCCACUACUGUACGGCAUCCUGAAUCACUUCACCAGCAGGAGGCAGGACACGCUUCCCGCCGCGAGGCCUGCGGACAUCCCAUCAUCCUCCGCUCUGUACAGACCGCACAGCUCGCCGCCGCUGUCCAGUCGUUCCCGAUCACCGGUCAGAACAGAGCAGGAGCCAUUCAGCAGGGAGCGGGGCAGUCAUAUGGAAUAUGUUAGAGAAGGCAUGGAGGGCCAGCCUCUGGUGUAUCAGGGAGGCAGGAGAUGAUGGCAUCAGGACAAGUGACAAUGGUACUUACUAAUAGUGUCUCCUGAAUGGAAACUGCUUGGUGAGACCCUCUAGUCGUCACAGUCAGAUGCGGGGUCGUCUGGGCUGGUCGGGUCGUAGUGUUUAAAGCGGAACAUGAUGACAUCACCAUCAAACACACCAAUCAGGUCCACCCCUGGGGUACACAAGAGGAUGAAUUGUAAAGUUUGCUCAUAUCUUAUAAAUUGAAUCUUCUUAGAUGAUUUACAAUACUAUUAAUAGGAAGGAAUUUUUCUUUGUUGAGUCUGUAUACACUGUAGAAAUACAUACUUGUUGGAGGAUUUACCUUGGAUUUAUGUACUAAGAGGAUAUCAUACCUUGCGGAUUUAUCUUAGUGGGCCACUGGCACUUAUAUUUCUGGCCGCCACAGAUACAUGACAGUCACUUAUUGAUUACAUUAUUUGUUUAAAUGUGUUGGGGCACUUUGGAAGAUAUAUGUACAUGUACAAUGUGUGUAUAAUUGAUAUACAAAUUGCAUGUCACCUUUCGAACCUUACGUAGCAUUCUGAUAAAAAACAUUGGCUUGCUUCUGUCAAAUAAAGUCCUAAAGAUACCGUGUAUAUACAUGUAUACACC